ACUCGCGUAUUCUGUUGCCAAAUGAAUGAAUACAUAAAUUAUUAACAUUUAAAAUUGCAUCUACCUUCCUAAUUGUAAAUCAGAUAAAAAAAUGUUUAGUCACUGUGGCGCUUAUCACACUCACUGGAUCCGAUGCACACGUCGCUACGAUGUUAAAGCGAGACAACGCUAUGCGCGUAUUAUAGCGACACCCCGCUUGAACAUCGGAGUGACGUCCGAAUCUCAUCCAGUGUGUGCCAAGCGCCGCGCCGCGGUCCAUUUACGUGAGCAAUUCAGACUGAAUCUCACACUAUAAAACACACUUUAUUUCUCUACAGUGAAAGUCUAUUCUCCAAUAACGCCCAAUCCUUGAGACGGGGCCUACUGCGAACAACGAAGUUGGCAAAUUGCGGGCAUCUUUCUCUUUUACUCCAAUCAAGGCGAAGUUAGAGUGACAGAGAAAGAUGUCUGCAAUUUAAGAACUUCGGUAUCCGCGGUAGGCCCUCUGAAGUAGGUUCAUAAACAUAAAUCUUACUGCAGUUGAGAUUGUCGGUAUUACAUUGGUUUAAGGUCGCUUUCCGUAUAUUCCCGACUAAAACCGAGCGAUGUAUUUUGUCCGACUCGCCGCGUCUCGCUUCCAUCGAAUCGUUAGUAUUCGUUCGAAUUCUGCGGUGGAAACACGAUUAUUUCGCAGAACAUGGACGAAGAAAUGCUCAUAAACCUGGUAAGGGAACACGGGGAGCUAUACGACCCGGCGCACAGACAGUACCAGGACCAACACAGGAGGGACCAAGCUUGGAAGAAGAUCGCUAACAAGAUGAAGAUGCCAGCUCUUGAAUGCAAAGAAAGGUGGAAAAAACUGCGUGAAAACUACAGAAAAGCAAUUAAACUACGUCAAACACAGAAAGCCAAAGGCAUCAAGAAAUUUAAACGCAUCAAACACGGGCACAUAAUGACGUUUAUAGAUGACCAGAAAGAAAUAGAAUAUGAAGAAGUCGAUACUCACAGUGCCGGGCAUUCUAGGAAAACAGAAACAUAUGCUGUAGAACCUAAUUCAAUAGAUCCACUAGUGCUAGAAAAGAACUACGAAACAGUCCCUAGAACUGACACAGUGGUAACUUUCUUCACUAAUUUAGGAGAGACAGUAAAAACCUUUCCGAAAGACGUCCAAAUACGUGUGAAAAGAGAUAUAUUUAAAAUUAUCAACGAGGCAGAAGAAGAAGUAGUGAUGAACAAAUUGAAGUGGUGAUGAACAUUGAUAUACCAAUACAUUUAUUGCAUA